AGAGAGAUAAUAACAUUUUUGAUCCCUCAAAUAAUUAGUUUUAACUUUAAUCCUCGUGAUAUAUAACUUAGCAUAUUUCACCUUUAAUCCCUGAAAUAUGCAAUGAUUAAAUAUAUUUAAAAUUAUAUUACCGUCAUAUAUGAAAUAAUAAUACAAAUUUAAUAUAACAUACCGAAUAAUUAAGUUGUGAAAUAGUUCAUAAAUUUGUGAACAUAGAGAAGCAAAGCAUCAAAGUGAGCGUUUUAGUUAAUCGAAAGUUAAAAGCAAUUAGUAAGAUCAAAAUUUAUCAAUAAUUGAGAGAUCAAAAAUGCAAUUUCCCAGGCAUGUAUAGUAAGAUAAUUUUCCAUCAUUUUUAUUCGUUUCCCCCUCUAUUUUUCAUAUAAUAUAUAUAAAUAUCUCCCAAUUAGCGGGUUAUUAAUAAUCCUACUACGCCACAAUAAUCAAGUCUGAGUCGGUUGAAGGCAUCUACAAAGCUUCCAUAAUAUCAGUAAUUUCUUCUUCUCCGUUCUGAGCAUAAGCUAAGCAGCAAUGUCGAUAUUCGGGGCCGCUGCUGCUGGGAACACAAAUCCGAAUAAGUCUACAGAGGUUCAACAACCUCCUGCUGAUUCUGUAUCAAGCCUCUGCUUCAGUCCGAAGGCUAAUCUUCUGGUUGCUACUUCAUGGGAUAACCAGGUACGAUGUUGGGAAGUGAUGGGAAGUGGAACCAACAUUGGAACUGUACCCAAGGCCUCUAUAUCACAUGAACAGCCGGUUUUAUGCUCCGCUUGGAAGGAUGAUGGGACAACUGUCUUCUCUGGAGGCUGUGACAAGCAGGUGAAAAUGUGGCCGCUAUCUGGUAAUCAACCCAUAACAGUAGCUAUGCAUGACGCUCCCGUCAAGGAAUUGGCUUGGAUCCCAGAGAUGAAUCUCUUGGUCACAGGAAGCUGGGAUAAGACACUGAGGUACUGGGAUUUGAGACAGCCAAAUCCAGCACAUGUCCAACAACUUCCUGAGCGCUGCUAUGCACUCACAGUGAAACAUCCUUUGUUGGUUGCUGGAACAGCUGAUAGAAAUCUUGUAGUUUUCAAUUUGCAGAAUCCUCAGACCGAGUUCAAGAGAAUAACCUCACCCUUAAAGUAUCAAACUCGGUGUUUAGCUGCCUUCCCUGAUCAACAAGGUUUCUUGGUUGGCUCUAUUGAAGGACGGGUUGGUGUGCAUCAUCUUGAUGACUCGCAACAAAGUAAAAACUUCACAUUCAAAUGCCACAGGGAGGGCAACGAAAUUUACUCGGUCAACUCUCUGAAUUUCCACCCUACACAUGGAACGUUUGCAACUGCAGGAUCUGAUGGUGCCUUCAACUUUUGGGACAAAGACAGCAAACAGAGGCUUAAGGCAAUGUCAAGAUGCAGCCAACCCAUACCUUGCAGCACAUUCAACAAUGAUGGCUCAAUCUAUGCAUAUGCGGUUUGUUAUGAUUGGAGCAAGGGUGCAGAAAAUCAUAAUCCAUCAACUGCAAAAACAUACAUUUACUUACACUUCCCACAGGAGUCUGAGGUUAAAGGCAAGCCACGAAUUGGAAGUAGUGGCAGAAAGUGAAGUCAGCAGUAAAGCUUCUUCUCACCAUUUUGGAGAAAGUUCGUCGUGUUGUUCUGUACAUGGAGACAUUUUUGGGUUUUUCCGUCUGCAGUCAUGCAAUUAAUUUGUAGUUUGAGCUUUGAAAACUCAAAAGAAAGGUUCACAGGUAGUGAUUUUAGUCUGAUAUUCCUUAUUAGUAGGAGCUUGCUUGUGACAAUACUUGUAUAUAAUUAGAUAAUUGCUUAGUCUCCAUCUCUGCUUCACUAGCUUGUAAACUGUAGCCCCUGGCAGUGAUUGAUUUGCUCUCUCAAAAGUCGAAUUACAGCAAAAUUAAAGUUCGUAAUUACCUCAUGAAGUAGAGUCCUCAAUGGGACUUGAAUCUAAGGGGUGGCAAAUGGGCAAUCUUUUGCACGGAUUGUCCUUCA